AUGGAAACGUUAGCUACAAUGAAAGGCCACGAGCUGACUGAAAUCGCAGCGGCUGAACCUUCGUCAUCAUCAGUGGUUAGUUCUGCCGAAGAUGUUACUGCUCGAUUUCUCCAACCAUCCGAGAACAAAGCCAAGGUACCACUGUCCACUAUCUUUGUGUACAAAGGGAUUCUUGCCCGUUUGUCAGGAUUGGUCAAUACUGAUGAUUGUUCUCUAGGCAUUCUUGCGGGCAAAGAUUCAGUCGUCAGGGAUGUGAUCCUAGGGCCGUCAAUAGAGUUUGUACUCAACCAAACAGAAGUGAUGGACCGAUGGAAUACAUAUGAGUACGAAGUGCUUGGAUUGUGCAUCCUUGAGCAUGUGAAGACACCAGAGUCUUAUCAAAGUGAUUUGAUGAAAUUGCCCAAUCCAAACAAAAGAGACUUGCUUCUGCUCGCGAGUAAUGCGGGCGCUCAACCAACAGCAUGGAUAUAUCAGCAGUGCGCGAAACAUGAUGACCAAGAGGUUCCUUUCUCUCUCGUAUCACUACAAACCGGACGUGGUCGAGGAAAAGAUGAAAUCUUCACUGUGGUUCAUGCCAACAAUGUGUCUGCAUUGGUGCAAAAUGCCGUUAUGCAACAAAUCGCAGCAGCUACCAAGCAGCAGAACGAGAAAAUGGUUCGCAAAAACCAUGCUACUUUUGUGAAAAAGCCAGUUCCUGCUGAUGGCCUUUGUUGCUACCAUAGCGUCUUGGCCAAUCUGAAAUAUGACACCUGGUGUAAAAUACCCCGUCAUUCCAGUGGCUAUGCCAAAAACAAUCGCACUGUAAAACGAGAGGAAGAAAAUGCCACAGAACUACGGGAGUUGGCACUAUCUCUUACCCCUGGACAUGACGAAUUGCUUCAGCAACUUGCUGAUCGAGUGUCUGAACGAUGUUACGUUGAUAUCGUGGAAUUAUCAUGGCUCGGGCAAGUUUUGAAUCUGGCAAUUCGAUGCACGAUUUCAGAUGAGGUCAAAUUUACACAUUAUGAGGUGCUACGAUAUGUUGAUCCAGAGGGUGAACAACCAGCACCGUGUGAUGUGACUAUGUUGUUGCCAGUCAAGGUUCCGUUUCAUCCCCUUACUUCAGCCGAUUUGCUUUAUGACGAAUUUCCCAUACACCUGCUCCAAGACACAGAACAAGCAGCUGAACAACCACAAAACCAGUUGGAAAACUAUGGGCAGCAAACAGCUGACCAGAAACACCACGAGAAAUCAGAUGCCAGCCCGACAGAGCCACAACAAGGUGGAGCAGCACCAGCACCAGAGCAGGUUGAACAACAUGGGGAAACAUCCCCAACAGAUCAGCACAACGCAGAACCAGAAGCCAGCAAGGCAGAAGACACAUCUCCAAAAGCAUUGCCUGCGGAGAAGGCAGAGCAUACAUCUCAGCUUCCAAGCAACACAGCAGAAGCCAGCCCGACAGAGCCACAACAAGGUGGAGCAGCACCAGCACCAGAGCAGGUUGAACAACAUGGGGAAACAUCCCCAACAGAUCAGCACAACGCAGAACCAGAAGCCAGCAAGGCAGAAGACACAUCUCCAAAAGCAUUGCCUGCGGAGAAGGCAGAGCAUACAUCUCAGCUUCCAAGCAACACAGCAGAAGCCAGCCCGACAGAGCCACAACAAGGUGGAGCAGCACCAGCACCAGAGCAGGUUGAACAACAUGGGGAAACAUCCCCAACAGAUCAGCACAACGCAGAACCAGAAGCCAGCAAGGCAGAAGACACAUCUCCAAAAGCAUUGCCUGCGGAGAAGGCAGAGCAUACAUCUCAGCUUCCAAGCAACACAGCAGAAGCCAGCCCGACAGAGCCACAACAAGGUGGAGCAGCACCAGCACCAGAGCAGGUUGAACAACAUGGGGAAACAUCCUCAACAGAUCAGCACAACGCAGAACCAGAAGCCAGCAAGGCAGAAGACACAUCUCCAAAAGCAUUGCCUGCGGAGAAGGCAGAGCAUACAUCUCAACUUCCGAGCAACACAGCAGAAGCCAGCCCGACAGAGCCACAACAAGGUGGAGCAGCACCAGCACCAGAGCAGGUUGAACAACAUGGGGAAACAUCCUCAACAGAUCAGCACAACGCAGAACCAGAAGCCAGCAAGGCAGAAGACACAUCUCCAAAAGCAUUGCCUGCGGAGAAGGCAGAGCAUACAUCUCAGCUUUCGAGCAACACAGCAGAAGCAAGCCCGACAGAGCCACAACAAGGCGUUACGAAGGACAAGAAACUCCUGUACCUCUGGUACUUGACGGUGGCAGAGAUGUUUCGCUGUCAGGGACUUUGGGAAGGUGAUUUCCAGCACCCACAGGCUAUCAGGGACGUCAUGAAAGAUCCAGCGCAAGCUCAAGAUCUCGCGGGCAAUGCGUUUGCGAGUACAUGUGCGCAAGCACAGCUCUUGGCAAGCCUAGUCAACGCAUGUGGAUGGUAUCGAGUUCAAAGCCCGAAAAGUGAAGAGGAAUCAUCAGUGCAACAGUUUGGUUUCCGACAUUCAUUGAGUUCAGGCUCCAUUGGGUUUGAUGAUUCCAACACCAGUGAGGCUGAAACCUCUACCGACAUGACUGACGAGCAGAAGCAAAUCUUCUGGGACCACUUUAAGGUGCUUGAUGAGAACCGUGUGAAAUUUCACAAGCCACCGGCAAACUGGAAACCACCAGACGUACGUGACAUGAGUGACAAGGAAUUGCAAGCAUAUUGGGAUGCCUUUCGCCACAUCAUGACAAAAGUAUCAAAUGCAUCACAACAAGAACAGCCUGAUUCAAGCCAAGAGGAUGAAGACAAAAGGAUUGUUCUCGCUGACCAUGACCAACUAGAUAUUGCACAACAACAUGAUCAGCAUGAUGCAUGUGCUUCAGAACCACCAGCCAAACGAGUAUGCGUACGUGUCAAGGGCAAGACCAAUCCUGCUAUUGUGGAUGAGCGUAGCGCUGCAAGGCUUCAGAAGCUCUUGGUAUCCAAAACCAAGCAACGAAAGGAAAAACCCAACGCCGUGCAAAAGCGUAACUACAAGCAAUCAGCCAAAGUUUCCCGGGAAGGGAAGCGCUCCUGCAUAUCGAUUUGGGCAAAAGUUCAGCUCUUCAAAGAGUUCGAGAAACUACGAGAAGAUGGGACGAUCAAGUUUCCGGAAAAGCACUUCCACCAAACUAGAAGGAAGAGCACGUUGGUGCCCGUGGAGUACCAACGUCAAUCCCGUACAACGACUACGCUGAGCUUUAGCGAUGGGACACUCGGGGCUGCCUACAUCACAGCAUCAUCUACGGCAAUGUCAGAUGCUUAG